CACUGAUAGGCGGCACUGACUGGUUGCACUGCUGGGUGGCACUGACUGGCGGCACUGGUGGGUGACACUGGUGGGCACUGCUGGGCACAGGUGGGUGGCACUGAUGGGCACAGGUGGGUGGCACUGCUGGGCACUUGUGAGCAGAACUAGUGAAUGGCACUGCUGGGCACCGAUCAUCAGGGCACUGAUCAUCAGUGCCCUGAUGAUCGGUGCCGAUCCCUGCUAUGACAGCUGCCGGUUAUCGGCAGUACUUUCCUCAUGCUCUGACAGCGUGAGAAAAGUGCAGCCGAAAACCGGCAAUUGC